AUGCUGGAAGUGCCAAGUCUUUCGAUCGAUCUCAGUCGUGAUCAAGGUGCUCGGCUCCUAGAGCAGAUGCGCACUUGCGUCCUGGUGCAUCAUCAGCUGAGUUGUCUGUUGAUCCACUCAGCGGCCCUACAAGCAGGUCUAUAUGGAGAGAGUGAAAACCUCGACGAGUGCAUGGGCGAGGGCCGGGCUGUGAGACAAUCCAUCCAAAGUCUUGGUGGGUCCACGGCCAGGCUUUUCUGCAUGGCCCUACGGGAUCGAAAGGACCUGCGUUCAAUGGGAGAAACGUUGAGCACGCGAGUGGAUGAGAUGGUGGCAGGUCUUCAAAAGGAGGUCUCUGGAGAGGAUGGUUCUCUGGUGGCGGAGUGCGCGCAGUUGGAAGCUGACCUGGAUGUCCGGCAACGUGAGGCCAAACGCCUGCGUGCGCAGCGGGCGCAGCAGCGGCAGCAGCGGGAAGAUGCUCAGCGAAAGCGCGUCUUUGAGGAAGCAGCUAAGGUCAAAGCAUUGGAGGAGCGACGCCAGGCUCUGACUGGUGCCAUGGAGAAUCUCCUCAAAGCAGGGCUAUCGAGUGAAGCUGCAGAGGGCCCUGCGGCCAAGGCCGCAAGUGCUUUGUUGGGAAGCACUCCCAUCCGUCCUCGGGGCCGUCAAACACAGAGCUUGCAGCGGCAGCUGCAUCAGAAUCAGCUGGAGCGGCGAAGAAUUACAUCACCUGUUCGCGUCGUCACGUCGGUGCCUGCCGUGGCACCGGUGACUUCGAGAAGCGUCGCCGUCGCCACCGGGGUCGCCACCGGACAGACCUAUAUCCGAGGGCGACACGUUCCAGCACAUGAGGUGAACCCCAGCCUGGCGCAGUUGGACGCCCAACUGCGCCAGUCGCAGAACGACUUCUGGGGCCUCUGA